AUGUCCAUAGCCAAGUCUUGGAACAGCUCAUCAGUGGCUGUGUUCAUCCUCCUGGGAUUCACAGACCACACAGAACUGCAGGCUGUCCUCUUUGUGACCUUCCUGGGCAUCUAUCUCAUGACCCUGGCCUGGAAUCUGGCCCUUAUCUUUCUGAUCAGAGGUGACUCUCGUCUGCACACACCCGUGUACUUCUUCCUCGGCAACUUGUCCUUCAUUGACAUCUGCUACUCUUCCACAGUGGCUCCCAAGAUGCUCGCUGACUUCUUCAGGGACCAGAAGACCAUAUCAUUCAUGGGCUGUGCUGCUCAGUUUUUUUUCUUUGUCGGCAUGGGUCUAACGGAGUGCUCCCUCCUGACUGCUAUGGCAUAUGACCGAUAUGCUGCCAUCUAGCCCCUGCUCUACACCACCAUCAUGUCCCAGGGUCUCUGCACCUGCAUGGUGGUUGGGGCAUAUGUUGGUGGCUUUCUGAGCUCCCUGAUCCAGGCCAGUUCCAUAUUUCGGCUCCGUUUCUGUGGACCCAAUGUCAUCAACCACUUCUUCUGUGAUCUCCCGCCAGUCCUGGCACUUUCUUGCUCUGACACAUUCCUAAGUCAAGUGGUGAAUUUCCUCGUGGUGGUCACUGUUGGGGGAACCUCAUUUCUCAUACUGCUUGUUUCCUACAGUUACAUAGUGUCUGCGAUCUUGAAGAUCCACUCAGCGGAAGGCCAAUGGAAAGCCUUCAGCACAUGUGCCUCGCACCUGAUUGUGGUGUCUCUGCUGUUUGGGACAGCCCUUUUCAUGUACCUGCGACCCAGCUCCAGCUACUCACUUGGCAGGGACAAGAUGGUGUCUGUGUUCUAUUCUCUGGUGAUUCCCAUGCUGAACCCUCUCAUUUACAGUUUGAGGAACAAAGAGAUCAAAGAUGCCCUAUGUAAGGUUUUGGAGAAGAAGAGAGUGUUUCCCUAA